AUGAUUUCAAUCUCUUACACUUCGACAUUCUUCUUGCUCUUCUCUUCGGUCCUCUCUUUCACCCCAUGUCCACUCCUCGGUCCAGCAUUCCCUGCGUUCUCCCUUGACACGAAUGACAAAACCGUUGCAGGUGCCCUGCAAGAACUCAUAAAGAGGUUUGACACACUAGUCUCAACAAACACUGGUGUUCAUGGGGAUGUUUCGGCGAAUACUACCUUUAGCAUCGCCUUGUUCUCGUCUGACACCGGCAAUGCCGAAGACGAGCCCUUCUUCUGGCAAUAUCACUACACAGCCCCUACAUUGAACCAGACUUUGGUGGGAUCCCAUGCGGCAGAUAAAGACAGCAUUUAUCGUAUUGGUGGUCUCACUGAGGUUUUCACUGUGUGGAGUCUUCUUUUCACGAGAAACGGAGACCAGAUAUUUGAUGACCCUGUUACUAAAUACCUGCCUGAGCUGGGGAACAGUACAAAGGAACAAGACGUUAUUGGACAUGUAAAGUGGGAUGACGUUACUGUCGGCCAACUUGCCAGUCAUAUGUCUGGAAUUGCAAGGGACUAUUGCUCAAAGGAUGUAACUUUACAAACAAGUUCUACUAAGGCGGGACUGCCUCCACGCCAUGCUAUCAACAUGCCUUGUUGUGAUGAUAGUUCAAAGUGUGAUAGCAAUGAUUUCAUUCGACAUUUGGCCAACAAAACUCCGACGGUUCCAGCUGGGGGAACCCCCAGCUAUUCUAACAUGGCAUUCCAGCUUCUAGGCUACAUAGUCGAAAAGCGCACGGGAAAACCAUUCAACAAAGUCCUUCAACAUGGCAUCUUUAACGUCCUAGGCAUGACCGAAACCUCAAUCUUUGCACCAAACAAAACAGCCACAGGAAUUAUUCCCGUGAGCAAAGAAGCCAGUGGUUGGUUAUCACACCACGAAGCAGACAAAGCAUCAACAUCCAUUUUCUCCAGCAUCAAAGAUCUCGCAACAGCCGGCCAGGCAAUCCUAAACUCAACCCUCCUCACCAAGCCCCAAACAAACCGCUGGUUCAAACCAGUCUCCCACACCUCCAACCCAGCCAACUCCAUCGGAUCCCCAUGGCUUAUAUACAGCGCCGCCGAAUCAUACCCCAACGCAUCCAUGGUGGACAUCUACACCGUUCUCAGCAACGAAGGCAACGACGAGAGUCUCUACAGUUCAUAUCUCGGCUUGUUCCCUGACUUCGGCGUCGGCUUUGCCAUUCUCUCGGCCGAUACCGAGGCCCCGGCAGAUCUCAACGCGCAUGCAGAUAUCAUCGGUGAUGUCGUGCUAGAAGCGUUGAUGAAAACGGCUAUUGAGCAGGCUGCUAAGAAUUUCGGUGGCAAAUACAAGGCAUCGAAUAUCAAUUCGUCUAUUGCUGUUAAAUACGAUAGUUUGCCCGGUUUGUAUAUCCAGGAGUUUGUCAGUAAUGGCACUGACUUCCGUGCAACGCUUGCUGGGAUCGUGGGUGUUGCGAAGCCUGCGGAUCUGAGUAUUCGCUUGUAUCCUACACAGCUGGUUGAAGAGUCUGGCUCUGGAUCCAAGCAGGCUUUUAGAGCAGUCUUUCAGGAUACCACUGAGUUGGCGGAUAAUGGAACUCCGACUUGUGUCUCCUGGCUAGAUCUUGAUAAGCUCCAAUAUGGAGGUCGUGGUCUGGACGAGUUCAUCUUUUCUCUGGAUCAGAGUGGUCAGGCUGUCAGUGUUGAGAUUCCGGUUUUGCAGGUCUCGCUAGAAAAGAACUAG